GGAAACAACUUCGAGAAAACUUUUGGCCAGUUGUUCCGAGAUAUUUCUAACUUCUGUAUGGUACCUGGGAAUCUCACCUUUAUUACCGUGAGACGGUUACCAGAUAUGCGUCCAACCUCCCAAACUCCCAAAAAUACAUGUGUCAAUACUUCACCGUUUCCCAUGGCGCGCCCCGGCGACUCCCGCCACAAACACUAUAUAUUGCCCCCAAGCCCCUCUUCGCGGCGGCGGCGGGGCCCGUCACGUCAACAGAAAAUACUCAUCCCUGCAGCUGGCAGAUCGCAGAUGCGAUGACGUCUUCCGUCGCACCCUGAGCGGAGGGGACGGGCAACUUCUCCGCAUCCAAAUCUUGAAACAAUCCGUUCGGAACACUUUAUCAAGCUUGCGUCUGUCCGCCGCGUCUUCACCACUGAGAUAUCAGCAUACCUACAACGAAUCAACGAUGUCAGAACAGAAACAGAAGCUAUCCAUAGCCCUCCUCGGCAGCGGCAUCUUCGCGCGCGAACAACACCUUCCGGCCAUUCUGGAGUGCGCGGAUACCGUGCAGCUGAAGGCUAUCUACAGCCGUUCUAUUGCGUCUGCGGAAAAGCUUACUGCGGCUGCUAAAGAGGCCGGGCUCCAAGAUGUGGAGGCGUAUGCCUCCGAGAGCAAGGACCACGAUCUCGAGGCGCUGUUGAGGCGUGAGGAUAUCGAUGCUGUUAUCAUCUGCCUACCGAUCCCCGUGCAGCCCUCGAUUAUCCGCGCGUGUUUGGGCGCUGGCAAACAUGUGCUCUCGGAGAAGCCCAUCGCGCCGACCCUCAGUGCAGCGCGGGAGCUUCUGCUGUUCUCGCAGCGGCCGGAAACCCCCGCCUUCCUAGCGACCACGGCACACACACACGUUACGUCUGCGCUGUGGGCCGUCGCCGAGAACUACCGGUUCCAAGGAGCGUGGGGCUACGCACGCACGCGCAUCGAAGGGCUUGGCCGGAUCCUGAACUUCAACGUGCGCGUUGCGAGCAUGGUCGAGCCGGAGACGAACAAGUAUUUUGCCACGAGCUGGCGCAAGACGCCGUCGUUCCCCGGUGGAUUCAUUAUGGAUGGGGGUGUGCACCAGGUUGCGGGCUUAAGGAUGCUGCUCGGCGAGGACGAGGUUAUCGAGAGGGUCUCCGCUUUCUCGAGGUGUAAUCAAGAGCAUCUGCCGCCUGUCGACACGGUUAAUGCGAUAAUGAGGACCAAGGCGGGCACCGUGGGGACCUUUUCACUGGGCUUUGGCACCACCGAUAAUUGUUAUGAGUUUUCGGUUGCGUGUGAGCGUGGUGUGGUGGUGGUUGGUGGCGGUGGAAAGGUUACGGUGCGGCCAAGCGAGAAAGGUGCGCAGGAGGAGGUGAAGACGAUCUCGGGCAAUUCCUCAGUCAAGGAGGAACUUAUGGCGUUUGCGAAGGGUGUCCUGAAGGGCGAGAUCGAUGGCAGACAAACGCCGGAAGAGGCAUGGAGAGAUCUUGAGCUGAUUGAGAAGAUGCUGCAGUCGGGCGAGAAGAACGGCGAGACGAUGGAGGUCACAGGCAAGAUGGAGUAGUCAACGAAGGAGGACCCGUCGGGUGUGGAUAUAGUACAUGGUAAUGUUAGUCAACGAAUCUCGACAGAGAGGAGAGCUCCGGCAAUUGGCCUAAACUGGCACAGAGCGCACGAAUCGCCCCGGAAGACUACUUAUAGUGAAGCCAAGCGAGGAGAAGAUGUCAGAGGAGACUGCUAUGUAUAGUCUCAUACUAGCAGAGUAAACUUUAAAGUGAUUUGGCUUCGAUUUGUCG